ACAGCAGCCUCGAGGAGGACGCGGAGGACUUUUUCUUCACCGCCAGGACCUCCUUCUUCAGGAGAGCGCCUCCGGGCAAGUCCCGUUCGGGUCAGCCGGAUGUGGAGAAAGAGAAGGAAACUCACAAUUACCUCAGCAAAGAGGAAAUCAAAGAGAAAGUCCAUAAGUACAAUUUAGCAGUCACAGACAAGUUGAAGAUGACCUUGAAUUCAAAUGGGAUUUACACUGGCUUCAUUAAGGUGCAGAUGGAACUCUGCAAACCAACACAGACCCCUCCCAGUAGCAGUGACUGUGUGAACACACUUCAUAUCAGUAGCACCAACACCGUGGGAGAAGUGAUCGAGGCCCUGCUCAAGAAGUUUCUGGUGACGGAGAGCCCCACCAAGUUUGCACUUUAUAAGCGUUGUCACAGGGAAGACCAAGUGUAUGCCUGCAAGCUCUCCGACCGGGAACACCCACUCUACCUGCGUUUGGUAGCAGGACCCAGAACCGACACGCUUAGUUUUGUUCUUCGAGAACAUGAAAUUGGAGAGUGGGAAGCCUUCAGCCUCCCAGAGCUGCAGAACUUCCUGCGUAUCUUGGACAAAGAAGAAGAUGAACAGCUGCAGAGCCUGAAGCGGCGCUAUACGGCCUACAGGCAGAAGCUGGAGGAAGCCCUGGGCGAGGUGUGGAAGCCCGGCUAAGGCCAAGGGCGUCCUGCCAGGAUGGCACAGCUCGGACCUAUGAAAGAGCGCCGCCGCCGCUUCCUCUGCUCAGAGAGCUGUUGUCGUGCCCCGCCAUGCUAGGGUCUUCCUCUUUUCUCUCUAGACACAGUUCUCAAAGCCUGGUCACACAGCAUCCUGCGCCUCACGGAUUGGCACAAGGGACUUUGCAAGCUUGUCCUGUCGCGGCAUGGCGAUGUUACCUCUUGCAAGCUGUGAGCCUGUGGUCAUCAGGCACAUCCUGGAUUGCUUGGAAGCAUGGACUCUGGCUUGAUUUCCCCCGUUUUCUUCUCGUGACUUUGGUUAUGUGAUUUUUGUUAAGCUUCAGGGUGGGCGGAUGUUAAAAAAGCAGCCUUUGUAUACUUGUCCUGUGGUGGAACUACCUGCUUGGUUUUCUUCUGUCAGAACAGUGUGUCCCAUGAUCUGAAAGGCAGGAAUUUAGGGGGGUUGGGAAAAGAUUUUGUAAGAGUUUUGACACAGAACGUAAAGCGCAUGUUGGGAAGGUAGAGGAGAGAGAGGCGAGAGCCCAUGGCUUGGGCAGGUGCCAUGGCGUCUAAGUUAGUGAUAGAGAAGGAAGGUUUAUUUGUUUGUAAAGGAGUUAAAAGCAUCCAGGGUUGAUGUUAGGUCAUUUUAAGAUUGUUUGACUUGCUAGUUAGUUGUAAAGUGUAGGGUCAGAGCCAAAGGACUGGUAGCUAAGUCUAAAGGAGGGAUCUGUGAACUGCACCUGACCUGUGGUGGAUUUACCCUUGACUGAGGUGGGCCUUCUGCAGCUGGACCUGGUCUCUGCACACCAGUUCCCCCCUCUGCUGGUAUGCACUGGAUGGUCUCCAGGUGUAGCUUCUCUGUGUAGAUGGGGCCUGACCAUGGCUGAUUUUCUGUUAAAUGUAGUUUUCCCCCACCCCAGAAGUUACUCUCAGAGUUAAAAUGGAGUUUAGGUAAGGGCAGCGAUUCCCCCUCCACCUGUUAGCUAGAAGAUGUGUCAAGCCCAGGGCUCACAGCAAACUUUGUGACAAUCACUCUCUUGCUAAGAGCCCCAAAGAAGGAGUCCACACCCAGCUGGCCGCACAACAGGCCUUCAUUAUGGAACUAUUUUAACAGAAGUGUAUCUGUUCCUUCCAACCAAAGAAAUGUGUGUGCAAUAGAAGCCUUCCCGAGGACAGGCGGGCACAAUUGCCUCAUUUCCCGCAGCAGCUUGCAAAUCCAAGAGCAGAGGGAACAGCGAGCUGGGCUUCCGGAGGGGCCUUAUAGUCGGUCUGGUUUUAGUCUAGAUAGAUAUUGCUGUUGUUUAUAAAUUCCCAAGGAAUUGUUAACGCGGUGACACUUAAUGGAUUCUUUUGGAAAUUCCAAGGUGCUCCAGCUAUUUGCCUUUCUAUGAACCGUGCCUUCGACUGAGUAUCUGUCCCUUCAUGGUGGCUCUCCUGACUUGUCAGAGAACGUCACCUGGGAGGGGGGGAGGCAUAUCCGAGUGUGGGUUGUGCUCCACCAGCUCCAGAGACAAUCAGAUCUUCUAAGCUAUUAGGAAGAGUUGGAAAAAAAAUGAAACAAAAACAGAACUAGCUAUAAAAUAUGAAUGGCACAUCUUGUUUAAUUUUGCAUGCAAUUUCUUUUUAGUGCAUCAGUGAGGUUUUAGUGACAUUGUCACCCAACACUUUGCCUUUGUUGUUCAGGGAAUGCCUUCAUGGUUUCUGUACUGGUUUUACUAUUGACUGUGGCUUGGGUUUGUGUGCUGUCGCCAGCCACCUGGUCUUCUAAUUACUCUUCCCAGUAAUCUUAGAGUGUGCGAAGCACUAGUUUCUCAUUUUAAGACCCUGUUAGAAUCUAAAAGUAGUGGCUGAUGGCUGUCUGUGAAUUUUUUUAUUUUAUUUUAUUUUAUUUUUACUUGAAGUAGAGUGUGUGAUGCAGGAAUCCUCAUCUGUAUUCAUCCAAACCUUGAUCACUGUCCUGUGCACUACACUUGUGACUGGGGAACUUGACUGUAUUGAAGAUCUGCCAGUUCCUGGUUCCUGAAGACUGCUGUUCUCCCAAACACUGGCUCCUACAGCAGCCUUUUUAAAGCAUAAAAGAGGAAAAAGAGCUCCAGAGGCCAAAGAUCUUUACUUGCAACCAUUGUUCGAAUCCUUCAGUAGAACGAAACUAAGCUUUGCUGUAAUACUGUUUUCUCUCCAGAAUGUGAUGGUACCGGAAUGGUGUUAAAUGAAGGGCGGAGCAUUUUAAUUGCAGGGGAGCAUUUUAAAUCUAGAUGUUAAAAGCUAUAUUUAUAAUGUUGAUGAGUUUAAGUUUUAUUUUUAUAGGGAAGAUGUUUCUCCCCUGAAAUUGUGUCUGGAAUGGCAAAAUUGUUUCUAUUAUUAAAAACUGAAGUCGUUAGUUGA